AUGUUGCCAAACCCAAUACACCCAUGCAUCACCAGAGCUUACGGAAGUAUUGGCUAUGUUGCUCAGAGGCAACAUGCAGCUAGUGACUUCGAGGCUCAGACCGCUUUGUUGUCGAAUUUGUUGUACAAUUGGCUUUCUGUGAGGCUUCUGUUCUUUACUUCGGCCAUUGUGCUUUCCUGCUCCUUGUCCUUUGUUCUUUGGGGUGGAACUACUGUUUCUGGUGGCCUUGUCGGAUUUGUUUUGGGCUAUGCCAAUCAGAUAGCCGGCAGUCUCAGACUGCUACUUGGGAUUCACUCCGGCUGGAGCUCCCAGUUCCUUCCUGUGGAAAGAUGUUUGGAGUUUGUCAAUUUGGAAGCAGAAGAAAACCGCAGGGAGAAAGUGGACAUUCCAUCUAACUGGCCCUCGGGCGAUAUUGUUUUCGAGAAUUUCUCCGCAACAUACGAGGACGACGAACAGCCAGUGCUUAAAAACCUCAACUUGACCAUCAAGGCAGGCGAGAAAAUCGGCAUCGUUGGCAGAACCGGAGCCGGAAAGAGCAGUAUCGUUCUAGCUCUUUUCAGGAUGCUCAAACCUACCGGAGGCAGACUCCUCAUUGGUGGUAUUGAUCAGGUUGGGAUCAUACCACAAGAUUCCUUGCUUUUCGUGGGCAGCAUUCGUGAGAACAUCGAUCCUUUGGGCGAGUACCUGGACGAUGCUAUUUGGGAGGCAUUAGCAGACUCCCAUUUGAACAAGGUUGGAGAGGCAGGGUCCAACUUCUCUGGAGGCCAGAAGCAGCUUUUGUGUUUGGCCAGAGCGCUUCUUAAGGACUCUGGCAUCGUGCUUAUGGAUGAAGCCACCGCUUCUGUGGAUCUCGGAACGGAGAAGCUUGUCCGGGAAGUGAUCGCCAAGAAAGGUGCUGGUAAGACGGUGAUCACAAUAGCUCACAGAACCGAGACGGUGUUGGAUCUGGACAAGAUCUUGGGCUUGGAAGACGGGCAGGUCAGAGAGUUUGAUGCUCCGCUGGUCUUGUUGGAGGAUCUGAGCUCCUUGCUCCAUGGGUUGAUGCACCGCUGA